AUGUCCGAAAACGAAAUCGUCGUGCGAGGCGCGCGCGAACACAACUUGAAGAAUAUCGAUGUUCGUAUCCCACGCGACAAGUUGGUAGUUGUAACCGGCGUUUCGGGCUCGGGAAAAAGCAGUUUAGCGUUCGACACGAUCUACGCCGAGGGUCAGCGGCGAUAUGUCGAGAGUCUGUCGGCUUAUGCGCGCCAGUUUUUGGGUCGGUUGGAGAAGCCAGAGGUAGACCAUAUCGACGGGUUGAGUCCAUCGAUAUCGAUUGAUCAAAAGGGUGUGUCGAGGAAUCCCCGUUCGACGGUUGGAACGGUCACGGAGAUCUACGACUAUCUCAGAUUGUUGUUUGCACGCGCAGGCCGCCCCCAUUGUCGAAACUGUGGCCAACCCGUGCAACGUCAGACUAUUCAACAGAUCGUCGACUCGAUCAUGCGGCUGGAUGAAGGCUCACGUUUGUUGCUGCUGGCACCAGUGGUCAAGCACAAGAAGGGCGAGCACACUGCAGUAUUCGAAGGUGCGCGACGUUCCGGGUUCGUCCGCGCGCGCGUUGAUGGUGAGGUCGUUGAGCUCAACGAAGACAUCACGCUCAACAAAAACAAGUGGCACAACAUUGAGAUCGUGGUUGACCGGAUCAUUGUGAGAGGCACGACGGAGAGAGAGCGCUUGACCCAGUCUGUCGAGACGGCGUUGAGAACCAGCGAAGGGAUGUUAACGGUCGCCGUGCUCAAUCCUAGUGAACGAUUGACCGAGGAGUUGACGUCGGGUGCGAGGAGCGCAGUCGCCGCGGGUACGAUCAACAAACAACGACAACGCAAACAGCAAGGGGUCCAAUCGCAAGAUAUCGCUUACUCCGAACUGUUCGCCUGUCCGGACUGCGACAUCUCGAUGUCGGAGUUGGAACCGCGCAACUUUUCGUUUAACACUCCGUUCGGGGCGUGUUCCGAUUGUCGGGUAUUGGAUACCGAUUGGAGAUCGACCCCGAUCUAG